CCCGAGCAUGGAGCCUGCCUGAGACACUCCGCGGGCUCCGGCAGCUGCUGCUGCGGCACAACAUGGAGGCGGCGGCGCCGCUGCUGCUGCUGCUGCUGCGGCUCUUGGCUGCCUCGGUGCUUCGGCGCGAGUCGGGCUCGGUCGGGGCAUCUCCCUUUCUGCUUUUUGCCAACCGUCGGGAUGUUCGACUCGUGGAUGCUGGAGGCACAAAGCUGGAGUCCACUGUGGUGGUCAGUGGUUUAGAAGAUGCUGCUGCGGUUGACUUCCAGUAUUCACAAGGCAUCGUUUUCUGGACAGAUGUGAGUGAAGAAGCCAUCAAGCAAACUUACAUUAACCAAACUGGGAAUGUGGUACAGAAUGUCAUCAUUUCUGGUCUGGUUUCCCCGGAUGGCCUGGCAUGUGAUUGGAUUGGGAAAAAGCUUUACUGGACGGAUUCAGAAACCAAUAGGAUAGAAGUAGCUAAUCUCAAUGGAACAUCUAGAAAAGUCCUCUUCUGGCAAGACCUUGAUCAGCCCAGGGCAAUAGCUUUGGAUCCUGCUCAUGGAUACAUGUAUUGGACUGACUGGGGUGAAACCCCCAGAAUAGAACGAGCAGGAAUGGACAGCAGCACUCGAAAAAUAAUUGUUGAUUCAGAUAUUUAUUGGCCAAAUGGACUCACAAUAGAUCUUGAUGAGCAGAAACUUUACUGGGCUGAUGCAAAACUGAGUUUCAUUCAUAGAGCAAAUUUGGAUGGUUCCUUUAGGCAAAAAGUUGUUGAAGGUAGUCUUACUCAUCCAUUUGCACUGACGUUGUCUGGAGACACUUUGUAUUGGACAGACUGGCAGACACGCUCCAUUCAUGCAUGUAACAAAAGGACGGGAGAGAAAAGGAGAGAAAUACUGAGUGCCCUAUAUUCACCAAUGGACAUCCAAGUCUUGAGUCCAGAUCGACAGCCAUACUUUCAUACCCCAUGCGAAGAAAACAAUGGUGGUUGCUCUCAUCUGUGCCUGCUGUCUCCAAGAGACCCCUUCUACAGUUGCGCCUGUCCCACGGGUGUGCAGCUAGAAGAUGACGGCAGGACUUGCAAAUCAGGUGCUGAAGAAGUCUUGCUACUUGCUAGAAGGACUGACUUGAGAAGGAUCUCCCUGGAUAUGCCAGAUUUCACUGACAUUAUUCUGCAGAUAGACAAUAUCAGACAUGCGAUUGCCAUAGACUAUGAUCCUGUGGAAGGCUACAUCUACUGGACUGAUGAUGAUGUCCGGGCAAUUCGUCGGGCCUACCUUGAUGGCUCUGGAGCACAGACUUUGGUAACCACAGAAAUCAACCAUCCAGAUGGUAUUGCUGUGGACUGGGUGGCACGGAAUCUGUACUGGACUGACACAGGAACAGACCGCAUUGAAGUGACCCGCUUGAAUGGAACAUCAAGAAAGAUCCUUAUCUCAGAAAACCUAGAUGAGCCUCGAGCAAUAGUGCUCAAUCCUGUAAUGGGCUACAUGUAUUGGACAGACUGGGGUGAAAGUCCAAAGAUAGAAUGUGCUUACCUGGAUGGCUCAGAGAGGAGAGUUCUGGUGAAUACGUCUCUGGGUUGGCCUAAUGGCUUGGCAUUGGAUCUUGAGGAAGACAAACUUUACUGGGGAGAUGCAAAAACAGAUAAAAUUGAGGUCAUAAAUGUUGAUGGAACAAUGAGAAAAACCCUACUAGAAGAUAAGCUUCCACAUAUAUUUGGGUUCACGCUGCUAGGAGAUUACAUCUACUGGACUGAUUGGCAAAGACGAAGCAUUGAAAGGGUGCACAAGAUAAGGGCUAGCAGAGACAUCAUUAUCGAUCAACUGCCAGACUUAAUGGGCCUUAAAGCAACAAGUGUUACCAAGGCAUUUGGAACUAAUCCAUGUGCGGAGAAUAAUGGAGGCUGCAGCCAUCUGUGUUUCUUUACACCCCAGGAGACCAGGUGUGCUUGUCCCAUUGGCCUUGAGCUGUUGAGUGACAUGAAGACUUGCAUCAUUCCUGAAGCCUUCUUAGUUUUUACCAGCAGAGCAGCGAUUCAUAGGAUUUCCCUUGAAACCAAUAAUAAUGAUGUUGCUAUUCCCCUUACUGGCGUCAAGGAGGCAUCUGCUCUGGAUUUUGAUGUGUCUGAUAACAGAAUCUAUUGGACUGAUGUUAGUUUGAAGACCAUAAGCCGAGCUUUCAUGAAUGGGAGCUCUGUUGAGCAUGUGAUUGAGUUUGGACUAGAUUAUCCUGAGGGGAUGGCUGUGGACUGGAUGGGAAAGAACCUGUACUGGGCAGAUACUGGAACUAAUCGAAUUGAAGUGGCCCGCCUGGAUGGACAGUUCAGGCAGGUUCUCGUGUGGAAGGAUUUGGACAACCCAAGAUCUUUAGCUCUUGACCCUACCAAAGGGUACAUGUACUGGACAGAAUGGGGAGGUAAACCUAGGAUUGUGCGGGCAUAUAUGGAUGGAACAAACAGCAUCACUUUGGUGGAUAAAGUGGGUCGUGCCAAUGAUCUCACCAUCGAUUAUGCAGACCAAAGGCUGUAUUGGACUGACUUAGAUACAAGCAUGAUUGAGUCGUCAAAUAUGCUAGGACAAGAAAGAGAAAUCAUAGCAGAUGAUCUACCUCAUCCAUUUGGAUUAACCCAAUACAGCGACUAUAUCUACUGGACGGACUGGAAUCUUCACAGUAUUGAAAGAGCAGACAAGACCAAUGGGAAGAACAGGACACUUAUUCAGGGCCAUCUGGAUUUCGUAAUGGAUAUAUUGGUCUUUCAUUCUUCACGCCAGGAUGGCUUGAACGAUUGUGUGCAAAACAAUGGCCACUGCGGCCACUUGUGCCUUGCCAUACCGAAUGGAUUUAGGUGCGGCUGUGCUGCUCAUUACACCUUGGAUCCCAACAGCAGGAACUGUAGCUCCCCUACCAGCUUCCUGUUGUUUAGCCAGAAGUCUGCAAUCAGUCGGAUGAUACCAGAUGACCAGCAAAGUCCAGAUAUCAUCCUGCCUAUGCAUGGUCUAAGAAAUGUCAAGGCUAUAGAUUAUGAUCCCUUAGAUAAAUUGAUCUAUUGGGUGGAUGGACGUCAGAAUAUUAUAAAAAGAGCCAAAGAUGACGGUACUCAGCCUUUCACUGUCAUGAGUACUCCAAACCAAAGCCAGAAUCCAGAGAAGCAGCCACACGACCUCAGCAUCGAUAUAUACAGCCACACUUUGUACUGGACCUGCGAGGCCACAAACUCGGUUAACGUGCACAGGCUGAACGGCGAGUCAAUUGGAAUGGUGUUGCGAGGGGAUCAUGACAAGCCCAGAGCCAUUGUAGUGAACGCGGAGCGAGGGUACAUGUACUUUACCAACAUGCAGGAGCGAGCUCCCAAGAUUGAGCGUGCUGCCCUUGAUGGCACAGAGAGAGAAGUGCUCUUUACAACUGGGUUGAUCCGGCCAGUAGCACUGGUGAUUGACAACAAGCUUGGGAAGCUUUUCUGGGUGGAUGCAGAUCUGAAGCGCAUCGAAAGCUGUGACUUAUCAGGUGCUAACCGUGUGACCUUGGAGGACUCCAACAUCCUUCAGCCAAUGGGACUGACUGUGCUAGGUAAUCACUUGUACUGGAUUGAUCGUCAGCAGCAGAUGAUUGAAAGGGUGGAGAAAACCAAUGGGUACAAAAGGACUAGAAUUCAAGGCCGAAUUGCUCACCUAACAGGCAUUCAUGCAGUGGAAGAGCUCGAUAUGGAGGAAUUCUCUGCGCAUCCAUGUUCUCGUGACAAUGGUGGGUGUUCACACAUCUGCAUUGCGAAAGGGGAUGGGACUCCGAGAUGUUCAUGCCCAGAGCACCUUGUGCUUCUACAGAAUCUCUUAACGUGCGGAGAACCCCCAACUUGUUCUCCAGACCAAUUUACCUGUGCAACUGGAGAGAUUGACUGCAUUCCAAUGGCAUGGCGGUGUGAUGGAUUUCCAGAGUGUGAUGAUCAGAGUGAUGAAGAUAGCUGCCCUAUAUGUUCUGCAUCCCAGUUCCAGUGUGAGAAAGGACAGUGUAUCGAUGCUCACUUGCGGUGUAAUGGAGAAAUUGACUGCCAAGACAAAUCUGAUGAAGCAGACUGUGAUACAAUCUGUCUGCCCAAUCAGUUCCGAUGUGCCAGUGGCCAGUGCAUCCUCCUGAAGCAACAGUGUGACUCCUUUCCAGAUUGCAUUGAUGGUUCGGAUGAGCUCAUGUGUGAAAAAACAAAGCCAGCCUCAGAUGAGCCACAGCCACACAGUAGUGCCAUUGGGCCUGUCAUUGGUAUAAUACUGUCCCUUUUUGUCAUGGGAGGAAUGUAUUUUGUUUGCCAGCGAGUAGUGUGUCAGCGCUAUGCCGGGCCCAACAGUCCUUUUCCACAUGAGUAUGUCAGUGGCACCCCUCACGUCCCUCUUAAUUUUAUUGCUCCAGGAAGUUCUCAGCAUGGCACUUUUACUGGUAAGGAUGGCAUCUCUUGUGGGAAGUCUAUGAUUAGCUCCAUGAGUCUCAUGGGAGGAAGCAGCGGUGCCCCCUUAUAUGACAGAAACCAUGUUACUGGAGCCUCUUCUAGUAGCUCAUCCAGCACAAAAGCCACUUUCUACCCACAGAUCUUGAAUCCACCUCCUUCCCCAGCGACUGAUCGCUCCCUGUAUAACACAGAGAUGUUCUAUUCCUCAAACAUUCCUUCAACCACGAGAUCUUACAGACCAUACCUUAUACGAGGGAUAGCUCCACCCACAACCCCAUGCAGCACAGAUGUGUGUGACAGUGACUACACUACUAGUCGAUGGAAAGCCAACAAAUACUACAUUGAUUUAAAUUCAGACUCAGACCCUUAUCCCCCUCCCCCAACACCUCGCAGCCAGUACAUGUCGGCAGAAGAAAGCUGUCCCCCAUCUCCUGCCACGGAACGAAGCUAUUUUCACCUCUAUCCCCCUCCACCCUCUCCUUGUACAGACUCCUCAUGACCUCAACAGAAGGAACUUUCCUGUAAAUAUUUUUAAAUAUGAACAGAUUUAAAAUAUAUAUUUUAUGAUUUAAAAAUAAUUAGGGGUGGGAAUUUUAAAAAGAAAUGUGAAUAAAAAUGUGUGGGAGCGAUGGGGCUGUGAAAAAUUGUACAGAGGAAGAAUAUUUAUAAAAUUGAUUUUUUUAAUUUAAUUUCCAUUCUUUUGUGCCAUAUUUGCUGUUUUGAAUUGAAAUCAUGAAAGUGACUUAAUCUCCAAAGCAUUUGGGAAGGGAAUGUUGAGCCUUUUUGCAUUUUUAAGUCACCUUUUUACUUGUAAAGUGUAUGUAGUUCUUUUUAUUAAUGUGAGAAAAGAAGGGGCUUGUGGGAGGAGCAAGCUAAAGAAAGGCUAAGAUUAUUCACAGAGGAAAAAAACACUUUUAAAUAAAAAUUAUUUGUUCCUGUGUCUCAUCCCCUCUCCACCACUGGGAGCAAAACAUGCAAAGAAAACUCUCCUCGGACACUCUUGUUUGCAAGUAAGCUAAAUGCUUCCCAGCAGAGCUGUGCACUGAGACCUGGAUUUUGAACCUCUCCCUCCAUUUGCUCAGCAUCAAACUGGAAGAGUUUCUUUUGGCCAUGCUUUCCAGUUUAACCAGGCCCGCAGGCAUCACACCUUAGCUCAUGCCAGUACAGCUCCUUAUGUGGUCAGUUCUGGAACUGAUUCAGGCUAAAAAGGUAACUACAGGGGCUUAUCUUAUCUCUGCUCAAUUCCCCAGGCUAAGUCUGUGCAAGGCUGCAGAAGCGGCUGUACUGACCUGGAGGUGUGAGCAUGGGGCAAGUUUAAAGUGGUAUUUCAGCUGAAAGAAAUACAUGAGAAACUACAGCUUUGGUCAGACUCACCAUUUUGAUGUGAUGAAACCAGGCUCCUGCAGCCUCUCUAGCAGCUGUUUCCCUGAGAGGCUUCGGUGACCGUCUGGGAAGAUGCUGUUAGUCAGCUUUGUCUCAAAAGACAGUGGUAGGUCUUUUCCCCAGAAGUCUAGCAACUCACUCUGUCAGAUCUCCAAGAUGCUUCCUGUGUUGAACUGAUCAGUGAAUUGCUUCAUUUCAAAUGUCCACUUCCCAAAGUGGAAUGCUAUGAUCACUUUUAUUCAUUUAAAUGGGGGAAGUUGUUUGGUUUUUGGUUGAUGUUUAUAGAAAAUGGUAUCUGCAUAGCUCAAAAACAAAAUCUGUGCCAUUCAAACAAUUCAGCUGUGGUUUCAUGAAAAAUUACGAGAAAAUUAGUUCAGUUUAGAAAUAGGUAGAAAAAACACAGGGGAGAAAGGAAAGGAGACAAAAUACUUUCUAACUGUCCUAAAAAAAAAUGCUAUUUUACAAACUGCUGUAACAUCAGGACACCAUGAUCAGCAAAGUGCUCAUGCAACCUUACCGAAAAACCCCUUGUGCAUUGGGGGGGGGGGGGGCUAGGAUCGGUGUCUUUCACAAUCAAAAAGAGAAAUUUUUGCUUUGACUCCCCUCUUGCUAUAACAAAAGGGCUCAACUAUUGUAUAAAUUCAGCUCUGAUGAUGAUAAUGUGAAUGCCUAUUUGAGACAUCUGAGGGAAGUUCUGAAUAUGCAGAGCUGCACCUGUUCCUGCAGCUGCUGAAUAACAGAUGUGUUGGGCCUUUAACAGCCUUAAUAUUGCUGACAACAAUGAAAACUUUCUUUUUUGAACUUAAAUUGCAUUUGGUUUGGGUUUUUUUUUUUUUUUUUUUUUUUUUUAGCAAGUCUUUUGAGAGCACUUCAGAGGAAGCCUGCAAUUCCCAGCCAGAGGUCUUUGUUCCUGACGGUGGAGGGACUAGGACCACAGCGUUCUGAUCCAGUUUGGGUUUUCAGAUUUUAGUCCAGUUAUGCUUGUCCUGCCCUUGUUGUCCAAGGGCAGGAUGUGUCAUCACUGGUGUAUUACUAAAACUCUUGAAGUAGCUUUCAUUGCCUUCAUUUUUAAGGUUCAUUGAUUCACUUCUGAGACUGAGAUUCAGCACAGAGAUGCCUGCUGUUUUGCAUGGAGAAAAAUAUGGUAUUGGAGAAUACAGUACUGGAGUUUUAAGACUGGGUUAUCUUCCCCCAUCCUCUGUCAACAUAAGUAAUUCUGCAGCAUGCCAGGAGUGACAAGGUCCUAGUCUGUUAAUCUCGGAGUGACUUCGUAGAUGUCUGGAAAAGUGUUAAUGAUUUGGUGAAAUAGAAGAGCACUUUUCAUGUGAUUGUGUUUCAGUCAAACAAAUUAUGAAUACAGGUCCACAGGACUUUUUAGGUAUCACAUCUAUCAUAUAAAGAAAUGCUUGUUAUGCACUACAACAGUUGGUAGUCCAAUUUCACAUAUCAUAUUUAACUUUGUGCAUGAUACCUAUUCACCAAUUAUAAUGAAUUAAUUAUUUUAGUUGUUUCCUGUUACAGUUAUAGCUUAAAGAACAUGGCACAUUGAUUUUCCUUUGUUCCUAUGAUGACACUGGAUGCAAAGUACUUUUUUCUCUCUCCUUACCUUACCUGUUCUUACCACUGCUGAUUGUAACAAUCUUAACCACUUUACCUGAAGACUUGUAUCAUAUUACAAAGUUUGGAGUUGAGUCCAAGAAAAUUAGCAGUCUUACUGAGAGAUAAGCUGUCUUGAGGGUCAAGCUCUUUUGGACCUGAGGUGUUCAGAAUGUAGGAGACACUUCUGGUUGAACAGGAUGAAUUAAGUGUGCACAGUUUUUAAUUUCAUUUGGACAUUCAGAGCCUCUUGCUGCUGAUAUUUGCUGAGAAAUUACCUCAUCUGGAACACUUGUGGUUUGGUGAUCAGAAUCUAAGCCCUGCACCACUCCAUAAUACUGGCUUGGAACUGGUAGACUCAAUACGCUUUAAAAGGGUUACUCCACUGCUGGUGCCAGAAAAGACCACAUAUUUGAGUAAGAGGAGUCACUUUGCUCUCCAGAAAUAUACUCUGUGUUCCUAGAAAAGGGGUGGUUUGCAUCCUGUGAACUUUCAGGCUAAAACUUAGAAACUGGAUGCUAUUUUCUUGUAUAUCAGGAUGAGCAAGAGUUAAAAUAGAUUUACAAGUUGUGGCAGUUCCCUGUUGAAAAGGAAAUAAAAUGGAGAAAAGUUACGUUUUGGUGGGUCUUAUGCAUAGUUUUACUAGUGCAAAAGUGUGCUAUGAGAAAGCUGAUUGAAAUUUUAUACAAGUUCUUCCCUGAGAACCUGCAGGGGGAUGCAUGUAUUUGGAUCAUCUGUUUGAGCUUGUGAAUGCUUGCAUUGGUUUAUUCAAAUAUUUUCUGUGCUCAUUGUGAUUGUGUAUUAGCACUUGAAGCAGCUCAUAGCUGCUAAUAAUGGAAAAAGCAUAUGGCUGAUUCCAUGUUAAAUUUAAGGGACAGAUUUCUGAGCAGAGAGCAGCUUACCUGUCUUUCAGCUCAGUCAUGAAAGCAGCUACUCAGGUCCUCUUGUCUUUUGUGGACUUUGUCCUAACUGCAGGAUAGAGGUAGCAGCAGUGUGAAGCUGUAAGGAAAAUGGGUAGACUCGUAAGUCAGGAUCUUCAGGGGUGAAGUAUCCUUGAAUUCCAAGCAGAGACUUGUGUAAAUUACAGCUUUACUCUACUUGAGCUGGACUGGCCAACAGCCAUUGCACCCUGCAGUUUGCAAUGUCAGUAAUAAAUUUGUUCCACUACUGGAUGUUUCUGGGAAAACUUUGUUAGUAAUGUCUCUACCAUCUUGCUCUUUCAGCUUUCCUCCAUCUGGAGGGAUCUCUUAAGAGCAAUAAAGCAAAGAUUAGGCUAGAUUUAUAUAUAUGACAAGUUGUGAUGUUUUCUUUACAAUAGUGUCUUAGUACCUAAUGCCCCAGGUCUAAAAAUGAGACUGUGCCAUUACAGCCAGGUCCAAAGAAGUAGGCUGAAAUGAGUGGAAUCAUGUUUCUCCUUUAUGAAUAGUAGGUUUGAUUUUUUAAUAUACCUUGAUCUCUCUGGCUUGCAGAGGAUGCAAGUACUCCCCUGUGGUUCUAGUGUGGUCAGUCAGGCUUCACCUAAGCUGCGCAUCUUGCUUGUUUCAAGUGUAUUCAGGAGCAGAUCUUUUCUGACAUCAGUCACUUUGAUGGGGUAUACGUUGAGUCAGUCCAAAUGAGUAGCUGUGCUUAUAAUUGUACUACAAGUGAUCUCUAUUAAUGUCAGGAAACGAAAACAGAAGGCAAGCGUGUUCCCAAUAAUUAAUAACACACAAGACUGCCUGGCAUAGAGCCAUGAAUUAGAAAUAACAUUUUUGCUGUUACAGUGGUGAGGGAGAUUUUAUAAAUUUCCAUGUUUGGUCUGAGCCUUAGACAAGCCAAUGUCAAAGAUGGCAGUCAUCUACAGAUCAGUUAUUCAGUUGUUUUUAUGUUUAAAUGAAUUUUGAUGACAGUGCUUGCUAGAAGUUUGACUUGUCUGUAAACGACUCCCAAAGGCUGAGAGGUGCCUGCCGGUUCUGCUGCAGCUGUACCCUUACAUACAGCAACAAUUUUUUUUCAUCAUUGAAAAAAAACCCUUUCUUCAGCUAUUGUGAGCUUAGCUAACCAGCUUAAGGUAUUUACCACAUGCUAAAUGGAAUAUUAAUAUACAUCAGUAUUUUUAAUCCUGUUGUGUCUUCCAGCUCUACUUCCUGUGAACACUUUACUAAAGUUUUUGUACUUUAAAGGGUGGUUUUGUAAAGGGGGGGGGUAAAUUGUUUAUUUUAAGAUUGUACUACUCUGUGGGCCUUUUCACAUAAGAUCAUACUCCGUGGGGGUGCAAAGGUGAAAUCGGUAUUAAAUCGGUGGUAAGCUUGCUGAUAGGAAUGAUAGAAAUCAGCCUGACACAAAUGGCUUCCAUGUUUCACGAGAAACUCCCCCAAACUCCAAGCACUGGCAUGCUGAUGGCCUGCACCGCAUCCCCAGUCCAUGCACUGCAGUGUCCUGGCUGCUCCCAGAACAAGCCGCAGACCUGACCGUGGCAGACCUGGCGAGCUGGGCUUGCUUCCUCCAGCCAGCACAGGCUCAAGCUCUUGCUGGAUGGAAGAUCUCCAUGAUGAGACCUAAAUGGGGCAUUUCGUAUUGGCAAAAGAAGUGUGGAAAAGACUUCUAGAAUGAGUUACGAGGGAAGGAAAGCAAGGACAGCUGCACUAAGUGAUGGACUGAUUCACCUGCAUUCAUGUCCUUGAAAAGCAAGGACUCCUGCAGACGCACCUUUCUCCAAAUCAAGAACAACGCUACUCCUGCGCCAGCCCUCCCGCGCAUUGCUGGGGCAGCUGCUUCAUAAAGGGAAAGAGAUUCUGGUUUGAUUUGCACAGGGAUCCUGACAGAAGUGCAGUCUAUAAAUAAGUCCUGGCAUCUUUUGGUUGCAACUAAGAAUAUGAUAGGAGCAGUGCUUUUUGCUGUUGUACAUGAAAUUUGGAGGGCACUGGAAACAGAACUCUAAGCCAGAGUUUGCUUUCUUUCCUACUUUCUUUCUUACCUAAAUGUUUUGCAAUUGCUGCUAUUGUAAAUGUACAGGAAUAUACAAAGAUUACCAAGAAUUUUUAUGAUAAAAAAAUCCCACACAAUCUUACUUUAUAUUUAUAUGAAAUGUGUAUCCUGCAAACAGCCAAUUAUUACAGCUUUAUAUGUGUAUCAUUUUGUAGAAUUCAUUAUUACAAGAGGCAACCAAACCCAAUACGUAAGUGCCUUGGGUAUCCUAAAAGCUCAGCAUAUUGACUGGGGAAAAAAAGUAAAGCCUUAAAUCACAAGUGCCCGCAGAGUCAUUUGUUGAUUGAUAGUCUGUUGGCUUUAACAAAGCUUUGUCUCAUUGUUAGAAAUCUCGUCAUUUAAAAUAAAUACAUUCACGAGUCAUGGAACUAACUGAAAAGUGGUAAGUUCUGAAUUUUUUUAGAGCAUAUAUGUCUCAAGUUUGUAGUAUGUUGGAGUUUCUCUCAAAUGCAGUUAUGACUUUGAUUUAUAUAUCCGUAUCUACUUCAACAACAAUCUUGCUAUCCAGUAAAAAUGCAUUACGUUAAAAGUAAAUGCCAGCAGCUCAUGGUAUGUAUCUUGGGAUUAAAUUGACAUUAUUUUCCAAUUGUCACUACAGUAUUUCUCAUUAAAGCCAUAAAAUUUUUGUCUUGUUAUAGAAAGUCUUUUCCAAUUAUUUUUCAAAGUGUGGUUUUGUAGCAUAAAAAUGAAUCUUGCGAAAUUGUCUUACAAAAAAACUGUUUGAGGCUUUCAUUGCCAGUAAUGAAACCAUUUCAUUUUCAGGUCUGGAAACUGCAAUGUUUCUUUAAGUUAACAAAACCCAAAUGUUGUUUGAAGUAACUGUUGUUUUGUACAAAUAUCUGUAAAGUUAACAAACUCUGCAAUUGUACUGUAGAUUUUGUGGAAUUUUUUCUAUAAUAAAUAUUUUUGAAAGAUUUGA